GCGCUCGGGCGGCUCUUGCAGGAGGUCGUGGCUCAGUCUGGUGACAUUAGUGCGCUGGACUGGGUGGGACAAUCAUCCGAGUUCAACAGCUGUCUGCCAGCCAACAUUACUUCAUACAAAGCCCCGCCAUACACUCUGCCAUCUCUAUCUGCAGAUGAGAUUCAAACAUCGGUCUCCUUGCUGCGAAAUGCCGUGGCUGUGGAAUCAGCUUCGAAGCUUUAUACCAUGCUUGACCACAUGACCGCUCCUCGUUUCGCGAACUGCAGGUUGCGUCUGCCUUGCAUCGCGUUUCGUGUCACAGCAGUCAGACGGAGUCGUGCUCAAGACCAAGAGACAUAUGUCACGUAUGAAGUCAAGGCGGUCGGGCUUCGUGACCUGGUGAUCACCACGGAGGACAGGCUGAGUCAAUUCUCACCGACACGGCCCACUAUGCAAACAUUUUUGCUUGUUCGUCCAUGGAAUCGUUAUCUUCUCGACCUGCCUGACUUCGCGGAGCUCCCUAACUUGGCAGGGAUGCUUGACGUUGCAGACGAUACGCGGAGCGAGGAAGAUUAUUGGUCUAUGCCUGGAUCUCCGUUGCAGGAUUCGCCUGAAGACCAGGAGCCGGUUGACCCGGAACUGAGCGAGCGAGCAUUGCGAUUGAUUGCGCAGCAGCGCGGUGGAGAAUACAAGAGAAUCGCGUCAGAUCACGAUAUUAUUGCACAGGUCAAAGACGCGGCUUCUAUUGAGGACAUGAUGGACAUCAGGAUACUCGAGAUAUUGUAGCUGCAUUUUUUUUGAAGAACAGAAAAUUCUCUGUACUUAGUAGCUGUUGGAAUCGGGGAAGCACGGGUCGCGCCCGACAAGGUGUUUAGCACUGUGCUUUCUCUACGAAGAAAAUUCAUUAUUUAUUGUGUCUUUGUACGCUAGAUACUCGCCAGGACGUUUGCGACAGUAAGUAGUAGUGGAGUGGCUCAAUCUGGAAGGUAGUUUUCCGCAUUAGCUACCGUUACUUCGGGUCAGC